AUGGUGAGAGAACUUUUUGUGAUGGCCAGAGAACAUGCCCCAUCUAUCAUCUUCAUGGAUGAAACUGAUAGCAUUGGAUCUGCUCGUAUGGAAUCUGGGAGUGGAAAUGGGGACAGUGAAGUUCAGAGAACUAUGCUGGAACUUCUCAACCAACUGGAUGGAUUUGAGGCAUCUAAUAAGUUAAAAGUAUUGAUGACUACCAAUAGAAUUGAGAUUCUGGACCAAGCUCUUCUAAGGCCUGGAAGAAUUGAUAGGAAAAUCGAGUUCCCAAAUCCUAAUGAAGAUUCUCGGUUUGGCAUAUUGAAGAUCCACUCGAGGAAAAUUAAUUUAAUGAGAGGGAUUGAUUUCAAGAAGAUUACUGAGAAGAUGAGUGGUGCAUCUGGUGCUGAAUUGAAGGCUGUUUGCACUGAAGCAGGUAUGUUUGCUCUGAGAGAAAGGAGGGUCCACGUAACUCAGGAGGACUUUGAGAUGUCCGUAGCAAAGAUUAUGAAGAAGGAAACAGAGAAAAACGCGUCUCUGAGAAAGCUUUGGUCCAUCACUUGUACAGAAUCUUCAAUCUUGACCCUUGAUCAAGAUGAUGAUGGCACGAAUAAAGAAAAGUCACAAGCUCCAUGUAAUAUGCCAUCAUCUCAGCCCUCAGAUCAUAAUCAGAUAAGUGGAAAGCUUGCAGCCAUUAGAUCACCUCAUGACGUGUGCAUGAAAACAAGCAAGCAUGCAGCUGUGAGGAAGAGGGAGAGUCGUUUUACCUCUAUUGUACCAGUUGGCUUUUUCCCUUUUAGAUAA